AUGCCUGACCGUCCCAUCCUCAAGAACACCCACAUGGGACACAUCGACGUGAUGAGAAAAGAGUUCCCCAUCCGGUCUCCUCUCCACUUAACCCCCUCCCCCUUCACUGCAUCAACAUUGUAUGGAUCCACCGAUCCCCAUGCCUCGAGCCUCUUCCGCCUGCCCCCAGAGCUACGCCUUCAGGUCUGGGAGUACACCUGGCCCGAGCCGCGCGUCAUCUCGCACACGAUGACCGCAGUCCGCAACGAAGACGGCGACGACCAAGGCAUAGUCCAUCAUCUCUUCCCCGCCGCACCUUUCUCCGUCUUCGUGGAGACAGACUACUUCCGCAUCCUCAACCACACCGCCAUCCAGCCGUCUUAUCGCGGACCCGUCGCCCUCUGGAUCUGCCAGGAAUCUCGCAUCCACACCUUGAGACGCUACGUUCCAAUCAUCCAUUCCACCCUCCCGAUGGGCUCGUUCUACAUGGACCCGAGACGCGACUCCCUGCUCCUGUGCUGGGACUACGUGAUCUGUCGUCGGGUGCUGGAGAGGGACUAUGGAAAUCAGUUGCGGGUGUUUGAGCAUGCUUUGGUGGAUGGGAACUUCCAGGCGAGGGGGGAUGCGGAUGCCUUUCAGGCGGUUUUGGACGCGAUGGGCUCGGUGGAGACUCAUUCCCUCUCUGAGGCGUUCUGGGAGGCUUGGGGAAGGAAGUUGGAUCGUUGUGGCGUUCGUGCUGCGACCAAGUUUGUGGGUCGUCUCUGCGAGAGAUAUCAUGAGUUUGAGGGGAAGCUUGAGGGUACUUGGGGGCAGGAGUUGACUGAUGAAGAGGACGGGGUUUAUGAGUUCUUGAAUGAGGAGGCGUUUGAGGAGGAUGGUGGCGACAACGGCGACGAGGAGUGGUUUGAGGAGGAGGAAGAUAAGGAGAAGGUGGAUGAGGAGGAGGAUGAGGAGGACGAAGAUGAGGAUGAAGAUGAGAAGGAUAAUUGCACGAACACUGGUCUACAGUGCAAUGAGGAUACCCUCGCGUCGUACUUGACUUGGGCUCCGACCUCGAAUGGAAUGGUUGCCGGUGUGCACUUGUGCGAUGGUAAGAAGCAUAUUGGACAGGGGUGA